UCUAUUACCGUGGGCAUCUCCAACAGACACGAACACUUCCUGAAACACAGCGGUCAUAUCAAGUCCGCUCUGUCCCAGAGCUUUAAUGGAAACACAAUUUUAGCAGCGUUUGAAUGGGGAGUGAUCGGUGUGUUUGUGUUCUCUCCGCAGCGGGGUAGACUGACCUCUGAUGACCUGAGCUGACCCUCACUCUUGUCCGUCAAGAUCGUCAAUCUGCACCUAAAAGUCAUGGACAAUUCAAAUGACAGCAAGAAGGCGGAGCCCAGAGUCAAUGAGAAGAAAUGCUCAUGGGCGUCAUACAUGACCAACUCCCCUACUGUCAUUGUAUUGAUCGGCCUUCCUGCCAGAGGAAAGACAUACAUAUCUAAGAAGUUGACACGAUACCUCAACUGGAUCGGGGUUCCCACGAAAGUUUUUAACCUAGGUGUUUAUAGACGUGAGGCGGUUCAGUCGUACAAAUCUUACGACUUCUUCCGUCAUGAUAAUGAAGAGGCCAUGAAAAUCAGAAAACAGUGUGCCAUCGUGGCUCUACAGGAUGUGAAAUCUUAUCUGAAUGAGGAGGGAGGGCAGAUCGCUGUUUUUGAUGCCACAAACACAACCAGAGAGAGAAGGAACCUCAUCUUGAAUUUUGCAAAGGAAAAUGCAUACAAGGUGUUUUUUGUAGAGUCGCUCUGUGACGACCCAGAAGUCAUUGCUGCCAACAUACUGGAUGUGAAGGUUUCCAGCCCUGAUUAUCCUGAGAGAGACCGGGAGAGCGUGAUGGAGGAUUUCCUGAAGAGAAUCGAGUGUUAUAAAGUCACAUAUCAGCCACUAGACCCAGAUGAUCAUGACAAGGACCUGUCCUUCAUCCAGGUGAUCAACGUCGGCCAGCGUUUCCUGGUGAACCGUGUUCAGGAUUACAUCCAGAGCAAGAUCGUCUACUACCUCAUGAAUAUUCACGUUCAGAAACACUCCAUCUACCUCUGCCGCCACGGCGAGAGCCAGCACAACUUGCAGGGCUGCAUCGGAGGAGAUUCGGAGCUCUCCAGCAGAGGAAAAGAGUUUUCUAAAGCACUGCGUGGGUUCCUGGAAACCCAGAAGAUCCCGGACCUAAAGGUGUGGACCAGUCAGCUCAGACGCACCAUCCAGACGGCCGAGGAGCUGGGCGUCCCUUAUGAGCAGUGGAAAAUACUCAACGAGAUUGACGCUGGCAUCUGUGAGGAAAUGACAUAUGAAAAGAUUAAAGAAACAUAUCCAGAUGAAUAUUCUCUCAGAGACCAGGACAAAUACCAUUACAGAUACCCAGGAGGAGAGUCCUAUCAGGAUCUAGUGCAGCGGCUGGAGCCCGUAAUCAUGGAGCUGGAGAGACAAGGCAACGUGCUGGUCAUCUGCCACCAGGCCGUCAUGCGCUGCCUCCUCGCCUACUUCCUGGACAAGAGCGCUGAUGAUUUGCCAUAUCUGAAGUGCCCCCUCCAUGUGGUCCUGAAACUCACCCCAGUGGCUUAUGGUUGUAAAGUCGACAUGUUUGACCUGAAAGUAGAAGCUGUAAACACACAUCGGAACAGACCACUCGGAAGCUCCAGACAGGAAGUGCCGCCCACUCUGCUGAGAAGGAACAGCUUUACACCACUGUCUAGUCAGGAUCAAAUCAAGCGACCCCGCCUCUUCAGUGUCGGCAACCCGCCCCGGUUAGCGAGCGUUCCUGCUUUAUCAACUACGCAAUUCCCGGAGGCGCAGGAGAGCGAGGAACUGAGCGAGAGCCAGGAAAUACUGAACUGCUUCGCCCCGUCGGACUCGAAAGAUGCCGUCCAAGAGUGAUGACACAAAGCGGUGUUACGCCCGUAAAAUGAAAUGUUUUCUCCAGACAUGAUUCAACUGUUGACGCCCGCUCAAAAUCAGCACAAGUGAACACUGCUUUAUGUAACAUUACUAGCGCCGGCGACGCCUCCAUGCGCUCUUCUCAACCCUCAUCCGUCCACAGUGUUUGGAAGUACGGUAAAAUCACAACAACAUGUGAGUUACUGAUUGAAAUACUCAACUAUUAAAGCAAGGAAGAUUCGCUCGUGCCGUUGAUCAGAUUGACAGCCCGCGGGACCAAUUAGAGCGCGGCUGAACUGAUUGAGUGGGCGUGGCUUGUGCCAGUUAAGCUGAUUGGCUCUCGAAGAUUUUUCAUUUUGCGCUCUUCAUACUGCCUUAGUACGGAUUGACUCAGGCCAAAUUUGAUUGGAUAUUAUGUAAAUGAUUGUAUAAUUAUAAUUUAGCUGUUAAUUGAUUGUGAUGUUCUUUCUGUCUGUAUUUACAUUCUGCUUUCUGGUUUUGAUUGGUGUGCAGAAUGUCGUAUUGAAUUUAAUGAAUGUCGUAUUGCAGUCGUAUGAUGUCAUAGGUCAUGUGACAGAGGAAAGGUUCGUUUAAUUUACGCUCUGCUGGUUUUUCUUCCAUCAGGCUUAUUCAUAAGAAUAACAUCAGGGUUAUAAUUAUAAAUAACAGUUUUAUUUGUUAUUAAUAAGUGAAACUUGAAAUGUGAUUAAGUCUUUUAAUGAAUGUGUUUUCACUGGUUCUUUUUAUAACACAUACGCAUAGAGUCGUUAUUUACAGAAUUAUCUUGUCAGUGUUUUUUCAAUGGCUCUGCAAGAAUGUCUACUACUACUGAGAAUAUUGAAACUCAUGCUGUUAUUAGUUUUCAUGUUUGUUAUUUAGAUGAUCUUUCAUUAUAAAAUUAUUUAUACAUGGUUUUAUCUAGCAUCGGAUCUAGAAGGAUGUUCUUAAAGCGCAUUUUAAAUUGUUUUAUCAUAAUAAUUUGAGUUCGUGUUGCCAGAUUUUUUCAUUUCCGAGCAUGUUCUUAAUACUCGUUAAAUGUUAUGAUGGUCUGUUAAGAACAUGUUCCUGUCAAUCGAAGGCUGCGUUGUUGUUGCUUCGCGCAGCUUAUGCAUUUUUAAUGCAAAUGUUAAAAAGUGUGAUUGCAUGAUUGGAUAUGAUCAAGUGCCUUUGCUUCGCAACCAAUGUGUAACCAAAUCAGAGCCUAACAGAAGUGCAGAUUCUUGGAUCCAAAAAACACAUUUACCUCGGAGCCAAGUCCUUUGUUUUAAUUUAUUGUGUUGCAAAAAAUAUGUUUUGUGUUCUGUGACGUUGUCAGGAAAACAGCAUCACUAUAUAAUGUCAUGCUAAUCUAGAGAUAACAUUUUGUGAUCUAAUAAAUCAAUCUGUGAUGCAAGUAAAAUUUUUUUGUCAUUUAAUAGCAAUUAAAAUUGGUAUACUAUUAUAGUUUU